UUUUUUUUUUUUUUAAAUAACCCCACGCCGACUCGUCACGCUUCUCCGUGGAAGUGUGGCAGCUGCUUGUGUUUGGUGGUCACUCGUGUGUCUAAUAGUUGUACAGUUGUAGUACAAUACAGACUAUUGAGAUGCUGCUGUACGUGGCCGUCGUGGUUGUCAUGUUGGCGCUGUGGACCAAAGUCAAAGGUGUCGACUACGUGCUGGUUCACCAGCGGUGGAUUUUUGUUUGUUUGUUCCUGUUGCCUCUCUCCGUUGUCUUCGACGUGUAUUUCUACCUGAGAGCGUGGAUCAUAUUCAAGGUGUGCUCGGCGCCCAAAAUGCACGAGCAGCGCGUGCGCGACAUCCAGCGACAGGUGCGUGAGUGGAGGAAAGAGGGCGGCAAGAGCUUCAUGUGCACGGGUCGACCCGGCUGGCUGACUGUGUCUCUGCGAGUGGGCAAAUACAAGAAAACACACAAGAACAUCACUAUCAAUAUGAUGGACAUUCUGGAGGUGGACACCAAGAAGCAGGUGGUGAGAGUCGAGCCCCUGGCCAACAUGGGUCAGGUGACUGCCCUUCUCAACUCCAUUGGCUGGACCCUGCCAGUGCUCCCGGAGCUGGAUGACCUCACUGUGGGUGGUUUGGUGAUGGGCACCGGCAUCGAGUCGUCCUCUCAUAUUUACGGCCUCUUUCAGCACAUCUGCGUGGCCUUCGAGCUGGUGCUGGCUGACGGCAGCCUUGUGCGCUGCACCGAGGAGGAGAACUCGGACCUCUUCCACGCCGUGCCGUGGUCCUGCGGCACUCUGGGCUUCCUGGUGGCGGCCGAGAUCAAAAUCGUGCCGGCUAAAGCGUGGGUCAAGCUGCGCUACGAGCCGGUCCGAGGCCUGGAGAACAUCUGCCGCCGCUUCGCCGAGGCGUCCCAGAACAAGCAGAACACGUUCGUGGAGGGCAUCCAGUUCUCCCUGGACUCUGCCGUCGUCAUGACGGGAAGCAUGAGCGAGCACGCCGAGCCUGACAAGAUCAACAGGAUCGGCCUGCACUUCAAACCGUGGUUCUUCAAGCACGUGGAGAGCUACCUGACAGGCGGCGAGGCCGGUGUGGAGUACAUCCCUCUGAGACAGUACUACCACAGACACACACGCAGCAUCUUCUGGGAGAUCCAGGAUAUCAUUCCCUUUGGCAACCACCCGGUGUUCCGCUGGCUCUUUGGGUGGAUGGUUCCUCCGAAGAUCUCGCUGUUGAAGCUGACGCAGGGAGAGACCAUCCGACGCCUGUACGAGCAGCACCACGUGGUGCAGGACAUGCUGGUACCCAUGAGGCACCUUCGCGCCGCCAUCACGCGCUUUCACCAGGACAUUGAGGUUUACCCUCUUUGGCUGUGCCCGUUCCUCUUGCCCCCCGGCAGAGGGAUGGUCCACCCCGAGGGUCAGGAGGAGGAGUUGUACGUGGAUAUCGGCGCGUACGGCGAGCCUACAGUCAAACACUUUGAGGCGACGGCGUCCACGCGGCAGCUGGAGAAGUUUGUCCGAGAAGUUCACGGCUUCCAGAUGCUGUACGCAGACGUCUACAUGGACCGCGCCGAGUUCUGGGAGAUGUUCGACGGCACGCUGUACCACAAAUUGAGAAAAGAGCUCGGCUGCAAGGACGCCUUUCCGGAAGUUUACGACAAAAUCUGUAAGGCCGCACGACACUGAUGCACAACAGCACUUCCUGUGUCAGCGACAGCAGGUUGUAUCAGGUGCGUCUUACUGUGAAAGAAGUUCUUUCAUUUAUAUCAUCUUUUUAAUGAUCUAUUGCUACCAGCAUAAGGCGUUUCAUCCAAAUGGCUCACACAUGAAACUCAUGACCUCAUAAACAUAGAUGUGAAAAUGAUUCAACCCCAUUUGUAUUUGCAAAAUGUACACAUUUCAAUAGAUGGUCCCUUUUAAUAAAAAUGACUGCUUGUAAUAUUUUUUUA